AUCUCCCUUGUUUUUCCACCAUCCAUCUUCAUCGGGCCAGUCUCCGCAGCUUCGUCCAUCUCGCUGCUGCAAGCAAAUUCAAUAUCCCAUGUAUUGAGCGUUGGUACUAGCCCGUCAAGUAAGGUCCCAGGAGUGGCCUACCAUCGCGUAAGCGUCACCGAUUCACCGUCUUCAUCGAUCAUGAAGAUUAGUGGCGCCACCUGCGACAUCAUCGAGGCGGCUCUUCAGUCAAGUAAUGGCACGAGCCGGAUAUUGGUUCACUGCUCUGCUGGAAUAUCUCGCUCUCCAGCAGUAGUUGCGGCGUAUCUCAUGAAACAUCAUGGCAUUUCAUUGAGGACGGCUUUGGGGCAAAUUGUGCGCGCUCGUCCCCAGGCAUCACCGAAUCCAGGAUUUUUACAAGAGCUGAAAGAACUCGAGCUA